CGUGGGUCCCGCGGGGUAAAGUCCACGCCUGCGACCGGGAGCCCAGGCGAGAUGGGCGCGCUGGCACGAGUCUUGCUGUGGCUGCAGCUCUGUGCACUGACCCAAGCGACCUACAAACUCUGGGUCCCCAACACCGACUUCGAUACCGACUCCAACUGGAGCCAGAACCGGACCCCGUGCGCGGGAGACGCUGUCCAGUUCCCUGCCUACAAGAUGGCGUCGGUCCUGGUGCGAGAGACUCACACUAUCGCGGACAUGCUCCUACCCAUGGAUGGGGAGUUGGUCCUGGGCCCUGGAGCAGGAUUCGCCGCCGCAGGAGCUGGCUCUGGCACAGGCUGUCACUCGGGCGCUCCAGCCCUCUUCCGCAACCCCGACCGCUUCUCCUGGCUUGACCCACUCGCGUGGCGCUCGGGGGACGAGGCGCGCGGGCUGUUCUCCGUGGACGCGGAGCGCGUGCCCUGCCGCCACGACGACGUCCUCUUCCCGGCCGAGGCCUCCUUCCGCGUGGGACUCGGCCAGGGCGUCAGCCCCGCGCACGUCCGCAGCGUGGCGGCCCUGGGCCAGACGUUCACGCGCGACGAGGACCUGGCCGUCUUCCUAGCGUCGCGCGCGGGCCGCCUGCGCUUCCACGGGCCGGGCGCGCUGAGCGUGGGCUCCGAGCCCUGCGCCGAGCCGUCGGGCUGCGUGUGCGGCACGGAGGAGGCGCUGCCGUGGAUCUGCGCGGCUCUGCUCCACGCCCGGGGCGGCCGCUGUCCCCGCGCCGCCUGCCACGCCGCGCUCCGGCCCGAGGGACAGUGCUGCGACCUGUGCGGAGCCAUCGUGUCGCUGACCUACACCUCCUCGUUUGACCUGGACCGCUACCGGGAGCGGCUGCUGGACCUCCUGCCCCAGUACCCAGGGCUGCAGGUGGCGGUGUCCAAGGUGCGGUCCUCGUCCCGGCAGCGCACGGACGCGGAGAUCCAGGUGGUGCUGGCAGAGACGCGGCCCGAGGCGGGCGCGGCGGGGCGGAUGGCCAGCGCGCUCCUGGCCAACGCGGAGGAGCACGGCCCGGAGCUCGGCAUCCGAUCUGCGGCCGUGCGUCGGUCCGGCGCGCCGGUCGCGGAUGGCCCCGCGGCAGAGCUGUCCGGACCUGGGUACCGCGCGGGGCUGGCGAGCGGCGUGGUGGCUGCUGUGCUGCUGGCGCUUCUGGGGACCGCGCUGCUACUGCGCCGCGCAGGGAGGCUCAGGUGGAGAAGGCGUGAAGACAUAGGUCCCGCAUCCGCAGGGAUGCCGCUGGGUUUCUGCAAUCCAAUAUUUGACAUCACGUCCUUCAAGGAGCAGCACCCUGUGGGGACACCCAGCCCAGCUCCAAAGGAGGACCACGGUACCAGCCAAAGCUACUUCGUUAACCCACUCUUUGCUGGAGAGGCAGAGGCCGAGGCCUGACCUCCAGUGGUCCCCUACCCUUCCUUCCGACCUUCCUCUUGGUGCUGAGAGGUUGCUGGGCCUUCGAGCUGCGGGCCCUUCAUCCUGAGACCUCGGCUUCUCUGGCUGGAGGCUUUGUCCAAUAAAAGGGUUUCUUCUUCCCCCUC